GCGCCUCCAGGUGUGCAGACAACUCCAAUGCGGAAGUGAGUCGCCAGUCAACGAGACGGUGAUCCUGUCCUGCCAACAACACGAUGCCUAACAAUGACGGGACGCGUUACUGCCAGAGAUUCUCCUACGUUUUCCUCAAAUUCCUCCUCUUUUCCUACGCCAUCGUUUGGUUUUUAAUAGGCGGCUGCAUCUUGGCGAUAGGUAUCUAUGCUGAGGUGGAGCGGCAGCGCUACAAGACACUGGAGGGGGUGUUUCUGGCCCCUGCUGUGAUCCUCAUCCUCUUGGGAAUAGUUAUGUUCAUUGUUUCGUUCAUAGGAGUCUUGGCGUCUCUGAGGGACAAUCUCGUUCUCCUCAAGGUGUUCAUGUACACGCUGGCCGUGUGUCUCAUCCUGGAGCUGCUAGGAGGAAUCCUGGCCCUUGUGUUCCGCAACCAGACAGUGGAUUUACUGAACAAGAACAUCCGAAGAGGCAUAGCCAACUACUACGAUGACUUGGACUUCAAAAACAUAAUGGACUUCGUUCAAAGGAAGUUUAAGUGUUGUGGCGGCCAAGACUAUAAAGACUGGUCAGUCAACAUGUACCACAACUGUUCUGCUCGGGGUCCACUGGCCUGUGGAGUGCCAUAUACCUGCUGCGUUACUAAGCCCAAUGAAGUAGACAAUACUUUGUGUGGAUACAAGGUGUUGGCAAAUGAGCGUUUGGACCUGAUUGACGUCAUCCACAUCAGAGGCUGCACCGACGCCUUCUUCAUCUGGCUCACGGACAACUAUAAAAUUAUAGCGGUACUUCUGCUGGGGAUUCUACUGCCUCAGUUAUUCGGUGUAGUCAUCGCCUGGUUGUACAUCACUCGAGUGGAAGACGCCAUCAGCGAGUACGGUCACUACAUGGAUGCCCUGAUGGAGGUGGACGGGCGACAAGUCAAGAAGCAGAGCCGCAUGGCUGAGUGUUUCUUGUGUAUGCCAGAGAUAGACUGAUGAAGCAAACAGCUUGAUGCUCUAUAGAAUGACCAUUCAGACCAACUAUUUCACACCAGCCUACCGUAGAAGGGUUUUCUUCUCAGAGCUUUAUUUAGGUGCUCUCAGCUGCACUGUGCUCAGGGACAAACAACAUCAAGUGACAUGCUGAACAAAUGAAACGACUUCUUCUUAAACCCCCCGCCACCGCCAACAGAAAUGCAUCGCCACGACAUGAUAACCUGCUCAUCUCAUCAGCUGAGCCUGUAGAUUUGAUUAAUCAACAUUUGCAAUUAUGUGUGAAACAUGCCCAUUUUUACAGUAUUUUAUUAACAAAAUAACAAAACAAUUAUAUUAUAUUACAUAUUUGUAUGUAUUAACAGCUCCAAAUUUUAAAUCAAGCUAAAAGAUAGCAUACGUGAAAAUGUAUUUGCCUAACACUAAUCGAAUUGAAUCACAAGAUAACCUUGUUAUUAUGAGCCAAGAAGGACUGCGUUCAGAGAUACCACAUAAUUUCAGUAGAAGUCACAUUUUGAGUGUUGAUGUACUUUCUGGGAUUUCACAGCAUAGUCACGUAAAGUUAGGAAACCACUGAGUGAUGAGAAUAUCCAUUUUUUAUUUGUCUUAUUUCUGUUUUAGACCACACAUACACGCAUCAUAAAUACAUUAUUGUGAUUUUCGGACUGUCAGUCAACGCACGUCACAGCGGUCGAGUGACAAAGAGGAAAUGUUGUUCGUGUUGGAAUUGCACUGCUGUUGAUGUGGCUCGACAUGAUGGGCAUGUGUUAAUUACGCAAUUUUUAAAAAAUAAUUAAUUUAAUUAGUUACCGCCGUUAACCCACUAUUUCUGGCGGCCCUAGUUUUUAUGAACAUUCAAUAUAUUGUGUGCUGUAAACAAAAGCGAUGUGAAGUUUAGUGGCGUUACUGUCAUUCUUGCUAUUGUAAUUUGAUGCCAUUGCAGGGUUAUACAGUGCAAACAAUAAUAUGUUGCAUACCACGCACAUGAAGUAGAUACUUGACUGAUGUGCAUGCACUCCUUUUUACUGAAUAAUGUGCCUUUGACUAACUCGUAUUUAUGUAGUAGUUUUAACUUUACCUCAGUUUGACACAGUUUGACAACACAUAAUUAAUCUUUUUUUUUUGAACGCAUUAGUCUGGAUAAAACUGUAGAAGUAGACUAUUGCCUAUUUGUUUUUGGUUGUUUGAAAUGAAGUGACUUUGACAUGGAUGCUUCUUGUAAGGGGGUAUUUGGGAGUGGGGGAUCACUAAAUAAAUGAUUU